AUGCAACAGCUGUGGACCAUACGUGACGAAAACGGGCAACCGCUCGGCUGGGACCAGACCGUACCACCAACGGUGGGUGAGGCGUGGAAAAAUUUUCACGAACAACUACCGCUGCUCAACCAACCUCGUAUCGAGCGUUGCGUAAUUAUCCAAGAUGCAGUUUCCGUUGAAAUCCACUGUUUUUCCGAUGCCUCGGAGAAGGCUUACGGUGCUUGUCUGUAUAUCCGGAGUAAAGAUGCAGAAGGAAGGGUGGAGGUUCGACUUCUUUCUUCCAAAUCUAAGGUUGCCCCACUAAAAUGCCAGACAAUACCACGAUUGGAGCUUUGCGGAGCGGUUUUGGGAGCAGAACUCUUCGAGAAGGUCCGUGAUUCGAUUAGAAUAUCAGCAACAUGUCACUUCUGGACAGAUUCCACGUGCGUUCUUCGAUGGAUCCAGGCUCCUCCAACCACUUGGACGACAUUUGUUGCCAACCGUACCGCGAAAAUCCAAACUAUCACCGAGGGCUAUCAGUGGAGUCAUGUUCCUGGAACACAAAACCCAGCAGACCUGAUUUCCCGAGGUAUUGCACCCCAAGACAUCCUAAACAAUGACUUCUGGUGGCAAGGACCUCCAUGGCUGCGGGAAAACUCGGAUCAAUGGCCUCGAUCACCGGAGGUUUCAUCCACAGCAGAAGUAGAAGAAGAAAAACGACGAACAGUUGUCGCAGGAACGGUUUCCACAGUCGCCGAGUUCAACCAUGAGUAUUUCCGGAAGUUCUCGUCGUACUCAGACCUCAUUCGUCGUACCGCAUACUGGUUGCGGCUUAUGAAGCUACUUCGACUACCAUCCUCACAAAGGAGCAAAUCAGGAUUUCUUUCUACUUCAGAGCUGCGUGAAGCGGAGAACACCCUAAUUCGUCUGGUACAGAAAGAAGAGUUCGCUGAGGAGUUCAAAGCGCUCUCUGAAGGAAAACCGGUCGCUAAAAAAUCACGUUUACGAUGGUACAACCCUUUCCUCACAAAGGAUCAACUGCUCAAACUGGGUGGGCGGUUAAAGCAUUCCCUGGAGUCAGAAGAUACAAAACACCCGGCCGUCCUUCCAGCUCGACAUCCUUUCACUCGGUUACUUCUUCAACACUACCACGAACGCUUGCUUCAUGCUGGACCACAGCUGAUGUUGAGUGUUGUAAGGCUCCGAUUCUGGCCGUUAGGAGGAAGAAGUGUUGUGCGGAAUAUCGUGAACAAGUGCCAAAGAUGCUUCCGCUCCAAGCCGUCGCCAAUCCAGCAAUUCAUGGGAGACUUACCGGCGGCACGAGUAACUAUUGCACGUCCUUUUUCAACUACUGGUGUUGAUUAUUUCGGCCCAGUUCACCUGCGUCCCGUUCCUCGCCGCGGUGCAAUUAAAGCCUACGUUGCUAUAUUUGUUUGCCUGUGCACGAAAGCGGUUCAUUUAGAACUUGUAUCAGAUCUAUCCACUGAUCGUUUUCUUCAAGCCCUUCGCCGGUUUGUGGCAAGGAGAGGCCGUUGUGAAAGAAUUUAUUCCGACAAUGGCACAAAUUUUGUCGGUGCACGAAACAAAUUGCAAGAUCUCCUGAAGCUGUUGAAGAACCGGGACCACCACGAAGCGGUGUCCAAAGAAUGUGCCAAGGACGGCAUUCAAUGGCACUUCAUUCCCCCGAGCGCCCCCCACUUUGGAGGCUUAUGGGAAGCAGCCGUUCGUUCCUCUAAGCACCAUCUUCUGCGAGUUUUGGGCGAAACACCCGUAUCACCUGAGGAUUUCAGCACGUUACUCACCCAGGUCGAAGCUUGCCUCAACUCUCGCCCCCUUACGCCUCUGUCCGACGAUCCCAACGACCUUGAACCACUGACGCCUGCUCACUUCCUGAUCGGUCAAGCGCCAUCGGUGGUCAUCGUCAUCAUCAUCACCAUCAUCGGAGGCUCCUGUGCAACGGGAGUGAUAAGGAGGCAACAUAAGCCUGAUAAGAGCGGUGAGAGUUCUCUUGCCAGCGAUAACAUCGCAUCUCAUCUCCGGAGGGCAGACUGGCUGAACGAGCCGGACCGAACUUCAGUGCAGAUCAACCAGACAACCGGACAGCAUGGGCGGUAG